CGGGACAAAAAAAACAUGGGGAGAAUGUCAAAUAUAUUUUAGUAAAAACUCUCCGUUUUUACUCAAGAAAAGGAUGAUUCGGUAUGUCCCGGGUGGAAUAGGGAUUGCAAAGGCCACUGCGUGUGUAGCGCGUAGCUAAAUGGAGUCGGAGCAGCUCUUCAACAGGAACGGCUACUACAGGAACGGCUACAACAGUAUCACCAGCGCCAGCAGCGACGAGGAGCUGCUGGAUGGCACAGGGGUUGUCAUGGACUUCCACACCUCCGAGGAUGACAACCUUCUGGAUGGAGACACCACCUCACCAGGAUCUAACUACGUCAUGUCUAACGGGGGAGGGGUGGUGAGCAGCACCACCCACCUGCUGGACUUCCUGGAGGAGCCCAUCCCGGGGGUCGGCACCUACGAUGACUUCCACACCAUCGACUGGGUCCGGGAGAAGUGCAAGGACCGCGAACGCCACCGCAAGAUCAACGCUAAGAAGAAGGAGUCUGCAUGGGAGUUCACCAAGAGCCUGUAUGAUGCCUGGUCUGGAUGGCUGGUAGUGACGCUGACAGGACUGGCCUCAGGUGCCCUGGCGGGUCUGAUCGACAUCUCUGCUGAUUGGCUGAACGACAUCAAGGAGGGGGUGUGUCUGAAUGCCAUGUGGUUUAACCACGAGCAGUGCUGCUGGGGCUCCAACGAGACCACGUUCGCUGAGAGGGACAAGUGUCCUCAGUGGAAGAGCUGGGCGGGGCUCAUCCUGGGCCAGGAAGAGGGUCCUGGUUCCUACAUCAUGAACUACUUCAUGUACAUCUACUGGGCUUUGUCCUUUGCCUUGCUGGCUGUGUUACUGGUUAAGGUGUUCGCCCCCUACGCCUGUGGCUCAGGCAUACCUGAGAUAAAGACCAUCCUGAGUGGGUUCAUCAUCCGGGGUUACCUGGGGAAGUGGACCCUGCUGAUCAAGACGGUGACCCUGGUGCUGGCUGUAGCGUCUGGGCUGAGCCUGGGGAAAGAGGGACCCCUGGUUCAUGUGGCCUGCUGCUGUGGAAACAUCUUCUCAUACCUCUUCCCCAAGUACAGCAAGAACGAGGCCAAGAAGAGAGAGGUCCUAUCUGCAGCAUCAGCGGCUGGGGUGUCUGUGGCUUUUGGUGCUCCCAUAGGCGGAGUACUCUUCAGCUUGGAGGAGGUGAGUUACUACUUCCCUCUGAAGACUCUGUGGCGCUCCUUCUUCGCUGCGCUAGUGGCAGCCUUCGUCCUCCGAUCCAUCAACCCGUUUGGCAACAGCCGUCUGGUCCUGUUCUACGUGGAGUACCACACCCCCUGGUACCUGUUUGAGCUUAUCCCCUUCAUCCUGCUGGGGGUGUUUGGAGGCCUCUGGGGGGCCUUCUUCAUCAAGGCCAACAUCGCCUGGUGCCGAAGGAGGAAGUCCACCCGCUUCGGGAAAUACCCCGUCCUGGAGGUCAUCUUCGUGGCGGCCAUUACCGCCGUGGUGGCGUUCCCCAACCCGUACACGCGGCAGAACACCAGCGAGCUGAUAAAGGAGUUGUUCACUGACUGUGGGCCGCUGGAGUCGUCCCAGCUGUGCCAUUACAGGAGUCAGAUGAACGGGAGCAAGGCGUUUGUGGAUGCGUCGCCUAACAAGCCGGCGGGGCCCGGGGUGUACACAGCCAUGUGGCAGCUGUGCCUGGCGCUCGUCUUCAAGAUCAUCAUGACAAUAUUCACCUUCGGACUCAAGGUUCCGGCAGGCCUAUUCAUCCCAAGUAUGGCCAUCGGGGCGAUCGCCGGGCGGAUUGUUGGCAUCGCCGUGGAGCAACUGGCAUACUACCACCACGACUGGUUAGUGUUCAGGGAGUGGUGUGAGGUAGGCACCGACUGCAUCACCCCGGGACUCUAUGCCAUGGUGGGGGCUGCUGCAUGUCUGGGUGGUGUGACGAGGAUGACCGUGUCUCUCGUGGUUAUUGUGUUUGAGCUGACUGGCGGUCUGGAAUACAUUGUGCCCCUCAUGGCGGCCGUCAUGACCAGCAAGUGGGUGGGCGACGCCUUUGGGCGUGAGGGCAUCUACGAGUCACACAUCCGCCUCAACGGGUAUCCUUUCCUGGACGCCAAGUCAGAGUUCACACAUACCACGCUGGCGCGGGAGGUGAUGCGCCCGCAGCGUAGUGAUCCGCCGUUAGCGGUGCUGACGCAGGACGACCUGACGGUGGAGGAACUCCAGGUGAUCAUCAACGAGACCAGCUACAAUGGCUUCCCUGUCAUCGUCUCCAAGGAGUCUCAGAGACUGGUGGGCUUCGCCCUGCGCAGGGACAUCACCAUCGCUAUAGAAAACGCACGGCGAAAGCAGGAGGGUAUCCUGCUGACCUCGCGGGUCUACUUCACGCAGCACGCCCCCACCCUGCCCGCCGACAGCCCGCGGCCCCUCAAGCUGCGCUCCAUCUUGGACAUGAGCCCCUUCACCGUCACUGACCACACGCCCAUGGAGAUAGUGGUGGACAUCUUCCGUAAGCUGGGCCUCCGCCAGUGUCUGGUGACACACAACGGGAUUGUAUUGGGCAUCAUCACUAAGAAGAAUAUAUUAGCGCAUCUGGAGGAGCUCAAGGAACACACGGAGCCCCUGGCGUCUCCUUGGUAUUAUCACAAAAAAAGAUAUCCUUCGUCAUAUGGCCCAGUUGACCAACCAAGACCCCAACAACAUAAUGUUCAACUAGUCACCUCCUUCCCAGGUCGUCACGACGAUGAGGAGAGCGAGGAGGAGGUGGUGCACCUACUGGAGGGUCGAGGCUCCUCUCUAUGACACAGACCCCCCCGACCCUCCCACCCCAUGGAACCCUGUCCCUAACCAUACUGACUGAGCCCCACAGAGCCCUAGUGGCCACAGGAAGGAAGAGACAGACAGACUAAAGGGACAUUAAAUGGCUGUUUUGAAGGAUGUUCCGGCCACAAAGUCGCAGCUACUACGGACUGGGACAUAUAUACCCAAGGAACGCACUUUUAACACACACCCACGCUCACACAAACACAGAUGCCACACAAGAGCACACACUUGACCAAUUGGACCUCCUACACACACCCUUCAAGCUCCUCCACCCUUGUCCUAUUGGUUUAUACUAGCAGACAUGGCUGUGAGCCUGAUGCCUGGCUGCCAGGGUGAGAGGUCAGAAUGAUCCUGUAGGACCCAAGGAGGGACGUUCAGACACGCUGAUUGGCUGUCUCCCAGACGCCCUGCCAGGCUCUGACCCCACUGUGUCCCUCCCUCACACCCCAUCCAUCCUUAAAAUAAUUGUUUACCUGUGAACUGUGUGUGAGAGCAAUCAAGAGUGCUUAUGUGUGUGUCACGAGCACCUCAACAUUCCAUUCAGGUUGUUAUAGUAACCCCCCUAAAGACAACCGCUGUCUUGAUAUUAGACUGGGCCUCGAUCCAAGGGAGAUUUGCUUUAAUGUGUGAGGAGAGAGAGCUAGAGGGUUGUCAAGGAUACAAGCAGGAUGUACUGUAGUAGUUGGUUCAUGUCGGAGUGUAUGGAUGUGUGUUGUAGUUCAGUACGUGAAAACAGAUGCAGUGUUGUACAGAAGAGUGUGAUACUCAUCAUUUACAUACUCCCUGUUGAACUAAAGAACUGUGUGAGCAUGUCCCAUGAAGAUGGAGACCUAGCAACUCUGACAGUGAAGGUGGGCAGAGUUUGUAAAAGAAAAUAUUAAAAAAGGUUGAGUUUUUCUGUUGCUCUAACUGGAGAUAACUUUUUUUUUUGUAUUUUUUUUUUUUACUAUUGCUACUACUUUUAGUAUUGAUAUCUACAUAAUCAAGUAACGAGACAAAGUCAAGACUGGAAAACUGCACUUUUCUUUCCAAGUGAACACAAUAAAUGAUGUCGAUGGUAAUACUGCACA